AUGAAGGCCUCCUUCGUCACCCUCCUGGCCCUGGCCACCGCUGCCAUCGCCGCCCCUACUCCCGCUGGCAUCCCCGGUCUGUCUGACCUGACCAACCUCGCCAAGCUCGGUGACCUCACCAACCUCGCUGGUCUGGACGGCAUCACCAAGAACCUCAAGCUCGGUGACAUCACCAAGGAGCUGAACCUGGAGAACCUGCCCGUUGUCUCCAAGGUCGGUGACCUGACCAAGAUUCUCAACCUGCCCUCCACCUCCAACUCCGACCAGCAGAUCGGCGAGUCCGGCCACGUCGUCCAGGACCUUGGCCCUGAGCUGAACAACAUCCUCACCGUCACCGGCCCCAACCUGCAGACCCUGCUCAUCAAGCUGAGCCCUGAGGUUACCGCCCUGGUCUCCGGCCUUGGUCUUGGCGCCCUCGGCGUCCCUCUGGGUGGUGUCGUUGCCUCUGCCUCCGGCCUGGGUGACCUUGUCACCGGUCUCGGUCCUCACGUCGACGGCCUCGUCACCGUUGUCGGUGCUGAUGUCGGUGCUCUGCUCAUUGGUCUGUCCCCUGAGGUCGCUGGUCUCGUCUCCGGUCUGGGUCUCCCCACCGUCGGCAUCCCCGUCGGCACUGUCGUCGCUACCCUCGGCAAGAACCUGAAGCGUGAUGUCCCCACCGGCAAGAUCGUCCAGAAUGUCGCUCCCCAGGUCAAGAGCACCAUCACCGUCACCGGUGGUAACGCCAAGAAGCUCCUCAUCGAGCUGUCCCCCUCCGUCGCUGCCCUCCUCACCGGUCUCGGUCUCCCCUCCGCUGGUGUUCCCCUCGGUGAGGUCGUCAAGACCGCUGCCGACGUUGGUGACCUGCUGAAGGACAUCUCCGGCCCCGUUGAGGACCUUCUGACCGUCACCGGCAAGGACGGUGACGCUCUCCUUAUCAAGCUGUCCCCCGAGGUUGCUCAGCUCGUCACCGGCCUGGGUCUUCCCUCCAUUGCCACUCCCCUUGGCUCUGUCGUCGAGACCCUUGGCGAGAGCCUCUAA